AUGGGUGUGGUUGUACCUAAUCAACCCGCGGCUAGGGUCACUAAGCAUGGAGCCGUUGUGGAUUCUGGAGCGGAGGAUCACAACACAAAGCUGACACGGAUGCAGGUGGAGCACUACGGCAUGAAGAGGGAUCUUGCGAUCUGGAAAGCAGCAGUCACCGCCGUCGGAGCGGCGAUGGGUUACAGUGUCGAUCAGCUCCUUGCAGGAGCUGCACACGUCUUGCAGGUGCAAGGUUCUGAAGGGGGCGCGGCGACACCUGGGGGCAGCCGGUCCACUGCACCCUCCACCCCCAACCCCCGUGCAGCAGCGCGGCCUUGCACUACCGACAGCCCCGUUCCAAAGGAGGAUCUGCUGAGAGCGUGCUAUGGCGGCGCUACUGCUUGCAAGAGCAAGGGUAAGGGACAGGAUCGUAGUUCACAGUACAAGGGUGUGCGCAGGGAGAAGCGCGGUAGGUGGAGCGCCAAGAUUCUGUUCCGGGAGAAGAAUAAGAAGCGGACGCAGAUGAGGCUGGGUGCGUACAAUAAGGAGCUGGAGGCUACCACGGCGUACGCAGCAGCGGUGCACGUGGUCAAAGAUGGUAAGCGCGUGUCAGGCACAGUGGAGCUGACGGAUGAGGAGAAGGGUAUGCUGGAGGGGUACACAUUGGCAGCUGUCAAGCGGCUGGUUAGGAGCCGGCAGUGGUUCCGAUGGCAGGAGUGGGAGACGGCACUAGUGGACUGCACGAAGGAGGAGAUAGCAGGGGACGGCGAUGAGCACUCCGACUCGCAAGACGAUGACGCGGGGGAUGCAGCCGAUGUUCCGUGGAGGAAGGAGAUGAGGUGA